AUGUACAUCAAUGACGCAGAGCUGUUGGAGAUGGCUGAUGAUGAGGAGAAGAAUUCAACUUGUUCUGGAACCGGAUAUUACAAAUAUAUACCGACACCGAUCGAGUUGUUCUUCAAAGCGAAACGUCCUGAAUUCAAAAGAUUGUAUCCUAAUAUAGGAAAUAGGGAUCGCAGAAAGAAGAUGAGACUUGCUUGGAAGAAUACCAGUGAUGAAGAGAAGGAACCUUAUAUUGCGGAACGGAAUAGAUUGAAAGAGGAAGCUUAUGGAAGCGAGACAACAACGACAUACGGCAAUUCAACCAUACCAAUGAAUAUCUUCUGUAGAGUGAAACGUCCCGAAUUCCAGCAAUUGUUUCCCGACUUGGAUAAUAACUGCAUUGUCGGAAAAAUGAGACAAGUUUGGAGAAAAAUGAGUGAUGAAGAGAGGAAAUGUUUUAUGGAAGAGUAUGGAAAGACGGAGGCAAAGGAGAUAUCAAACGAGGAAAAAGUGACAAAGAAAACACCAAUUCUACAAGUGGGAAGAUCUAAGAAGCGAAAUGAAGAACUGACUGCAGGAUUUUUCAUUUUCGUUGAAGAACAUCGUCAAAAAAAUCUCAAAAAUUUCAACAAGUUACGUUCCCUCAAAAUAGGCUACGAACUCAGACAACAAUGGGGAGAAACAAGAAUCUAG